AAAUGGCGGUAGAAAGAGUGCCGUCGUAAACCGCUGAUCGCAGUUCUUGACCCGAGCUUCCUUUUCCACCGACACAAUGGGAUCUAGCAACGAAGAAUCCGAAGAUGAAGCUGGAGUCUCUGCCAUUAGGGCUCUCGGCUCUCUCUUUAAGUUGACCGAAGUUUUUCUUUGGGACGAUGAGACAGAAGUAGCUAGACGAGUGGAAAGUAGUUUAGCUCUGGAUGCUGAUGAUGCCAAUAACGAAAAGUUCAGAGAGAAAAUCUGUUCUACAAUCACUGAUAUCAGCUUAUCACCGGAGGAUAUCGAACUUACUGAACAGAUGAAUGCUCUGGGGCUUCCUCUCUCAUUCCACACAAACAAAGAGAGGAGAACUGGAAUCACCAUGGGCAAAAGAAAAACAACUGUCAAGCAUUCUAGAAUCCAGCAGGGAUUUCUAGACAAAGAAGUGGAGUUUCCCAAAUUCAGCAGCAGGGGUGAGAUUGUAGCUAACAUUAAUUUGAAUGAUGAAGCAAUAGGUUCUCUAUGUUGCUCGUCUAUGGUGAACCAAAGUGAGGCAUCUGAUUGUGAUGCUGUGUUUGAAGCCAAUGAAUCCCAUGUCAUCUUUGAUGGAGAUAUUUCACCUAAUUCAAGUGGACUUAUUCAUGGUGCUGUUGAAGAACAAUUUUGCGAUGUUACAUGUGAUAUUGUGCUGAAUAACAGGGGAGACCAUGAGUCAGGUGAUGCUGUGUUGGGGGAUCAUGCAAAAGUUAGAUUGAGUUCAAUUGGUUUGGAUAAAGGUCAUUCUCCAAGAAUAUGUAUGACAGGUUUUGAUGUCAGCCAUGGCAAGCAGGAGGAAGUUGAACUGCCUAUGGAGUUAGAAGGUUCAUCCACAACUUUACAAGAUACUGAAGUGCAGAAGAUUGACAUUGACAGUGGCAUUGGACUGCCAUUAGUAGCUGAACAAUCUUUCCUUCAUAUGGGAGCAGACUAUAACGAAAAUGACCAUGUUGUUGGAUGUAUUCAGGAGUAUGGAGAAUGGACGGUGUAUUGGGAUUCUUUUUAUAUGAGAAACUACUUUUAUAAUAUAAAGACACAUGAGUCUACUUGGAACCCUCCUCCAGGGUUGGAACAUUUUGCACAUUUUGAUGCCAAUUUCACAGAAAAUGAAUCAAUUGCCGAAGUUGCUGAAAUGGAUGUAUUAGAAGACGCAAAACCAGAAGAUAUUUGUAGUGUGCUUGUUGAUACCAGGUCAUGUAUGAAUUUACCUGGUGAUAACAUUCAUUGUCAACCACCUGAUGCACUGUUGGAGAGCUCUGGUAUUUUAGUUGAGGGCUCCAAGAGUAGGGCCUCUGUCAAUACUUCAAUUCACAGUUAUAUGCAACCUGAUGAACCUCAUGAGUGGUUGACGAGUUGUAGAAAUACCAGGGAAAUUAUCGAAUGCAGUUGUGAAGGUCAUGUCAAGCAACCAUGUCAUGAGAACUGCAGCAAUGGUUUCCAGCUCAUUGUUGCAAAUGAAGCUUCUGAACAGAAGACCUUCAGCCAUUGCAAACCUAGUAACAUGUACGCACCUGAGAAAGCUUUUGUCACUAUAGAUGAUGAAGGUGCAGUGGGUUUAACUACUAGCAGUGUCUCUCAUGUGCUUCAGCAGGCAGAUCAUAUGGAUGGUGAUAUGCAUUUUGGAAACGAACCUACCAUAUGUACACUGGGUACUGAGCAAAAUCUUUCUGGAAGAGAUAGGAAAAAGAAAAUGAAAAGAACACGCAGACGCGGACAAUUAUCUGAUAAAAAUGAAGAAUUUCAUUCUCCUGCAAUCACUGAAGAGUAUCCCACAAGUAUUACUAAGUAUUGGUGUCAGAGGUAUCAACUUUUCUCCAGAUUUGAUGAUGGUGUAAAAAUGGACAAAGAAGGAUGGUUUUCUGUAACUCCAGAGUCUAUAGCUAGGCAUCACGCAUCACGUUGUGGUAGCAAUAUGAUAAUUGACUCUUUCACGGGCGUUGGAGGAAAUGCCAUCCAGUUUUCCCAAAGGGCCAAACAUGUUAUCGCAAUUGAUAUUGAUCCAACAAAGAUUAGAUAUGCCCAACAUAAUGCUGCAUUAUAUGGUGUUGAAGAUCAAAUAGAUUUCAUAAAGGGGGACUUCUUCCGUUUGGCCCCACGUCUCAAGGCCGACGUUAUCUUCUUAUCACCCCCUUGGGGAGGGCCUAAUUAUGCCAGAGUAGAUAUUUAUGACCUAAAGACCAUGCUCAGACCACAUGAUGGGUAUUUUCUCUUCAACAUUGCUAAGAAAAUUGCUCCCGUCGUUGUCAUGUUUCUUCCAAAGAAUGUUAAUCUUGACCAACUAGCGGAGAUGGCUCUCUCUUCAAAUCCUCCGUGGUCACUUGAGGUUGAGAAAAACUUUUUAAAUGGCAAGCUGAAGGCAAUUACUGCUUACUUUAGCAAUGGCUCUAUGAACGAAAGCAAUGUCACCUAAUGCUUGAUGUCACAUUCUCCUUUUGAGAAUUCUCCAGAAAUUUUGAUGGGUAGAAGGUGCUUAAAUUAUUGGCUUGACAAUACAAUUUUUCGGACAUGGAGAAGAGGAAUAGUUCACUGUACAAUAAACAAAGCUCUUAUAAUUGGUGAGACCCUCUUACUUUUCAAGAAAAGGAUUCACAGCUAUUUAGGGAAAACGUUUCAGUUUUUGGUUGUAUUUAUUAAAUUACUGGACCCAUUUAGGGGGAAAAGGAAAAAAGAAAAGAAAAAGAAAAAACUGGGACUGAUGGUAAUUUAGUAAACAAUAUGACGUUAAAUCAUUCUCAAGUUUGGGGUUUCAUGUGUAAUAUCCUUUGAUCAAAUUGAUUGAAAUUGAAAUGAGUGGAAGAUGUUUUGGAAUCUGAUUCUAUUGGAUGCGAUAGUUACCCAGUGUCA